AUCGAGUCCAUGCCAUUACAGUUAACCUGAUAUUAUAUCGUGAAGUGUUGUAUAUUUGAACAGAAUAUUCUCACUAUAUAUAUAUAUGUUUAACUCGUUUUUGUUCUCUCAACAAUUUGUGAAAGUUUGUCAGGACAAAGGCGUCUUGCACGUGCUUUGUUUAGUGAGAGCAGGGAGGUAACUAAAUUAGUUCAAUAAUUGACCUAGAAACAUGUUCAUUGCUGCAGUUAAAUUUUGAAAUGGUUAAGGAUUGUACAUAUGGCAUUUGGGCUAAAUAGUGUUUGUAAUGAGUGGAGGUCUUGCUUUAUUUAGCCACCGUUAGCUAGCUAGUUUCACUGUGAAGUUAGCAAGCGAACUUGUCCUGGGUGUUGGGAAUUCAGUACUUUCGAGUUUGUGAAAUGUUUAUCUGAAAGUCACUUUCUUCAUUACAGUUUAUAAUCUGUAAACUUUUUAUAUAUUGUGUGUCUGUUUGCAGUGAGAGAAGACAUGGUGUCUGCUGUCCAGUUUCUCAUCUCUAAGCUGCUCUCUCCACUGUGGAGUACGGUGGAGGGUGAAGAGGAGGAUGGCUUUUAUUACAGCACAAGUAUGGAGGAGAUAAGGCAGAUGCGAGGUGGUGUAGUAACUCAGCUAUGUCAGAAUUAUGGGCUGAUUGACCAUUCUGUGUACUUCACUGCUGGAGAGGUGCUGGGAGGAGCGCCUCUGCACGUAGGUGACGCUGUUAACGCUCUAACUGUUCGAGACGGCGCCCAUGGAGGAUGGAGGGCACUAAGGGUGGAGAGGCAAAUGGAUAACUGGGAUGGAGGCAGGGCCUCACUCGAAACAGACGCUAAUAAGCUCCGGUCUCUGAUCGGAACAGUAACGUCUUGUGAUAAAGACGGUGGAUUUAUAAAUCAGACGACAUAUUUCCCCCGAUCCGCCCUGUGUGAAGGUUUUGAGCCUAUGAAAGGUGACUGGGUACAGGCAGAAUACUUCGUUAGCACUACAAAGUGGACCAGUCAAGCUCGAACUGUUGCCCCGCUACGAUACCAGCGUAUGGACCAAGUGUGUGUAUCGAGUGUGUUUGGAAGUAGUGGAGUUGUUGGAGACAGUGUGUUUUUCAGUUUGGAUUCGCUGCUGUUGCCUGCUGGAUACAAACCCACACAAGGAGAUGUAGUGAGUGUUGUGGUGGUGGAGAGCAAUCAGUCAUUGUAUUGCUGGAGAGCACUCUGUAUGGCCCCCAUUAAGAGAAACAGGCAAGUGACCUUCUUUCAUAUGUUCAGCCAAUGUUCUUUAAUUUGUCCGCUUAUUCAUCCAAAAGAUUUCUCGAUUUUUAACACUGUAUAG